AUGGAGGGGUCGAAAUCUCAGCCCUGCAAGAAAUGCAAGAAUGAAGAUGCGCCUUUCAACUUUCGCAAUGCGCCAACGUGUCGUGAUUGCUACAUGCUAUACAUAGAACAGAAGACUGCCAAAGGUCUAAGAGCACUUCACACAGACAUCCGCACGUCAACUCUUCCAGAACCCCGGCGCUAUGUCGCUGGACUCUCCUUUGGCGCAUCAUCCAGCGCGAUGGUAUGCGCCCUCGACAAGCACACGCAUCGGGAGAUGAGCAAGAAGUCAACGUCAUUAUUCGAAGUGCUGGCGGUUCACGUCGAUACCGACCUGUCCGACCAUCACGGUCAGACACCGGCGAUGAACAUGCUCAACCGCUAUAGAGAGAAAUUCCCAAACGUCAAAUUCCAGUGUGUUCACCUGGGCGAGGUCCUCAGUCUGAAGACGGUGGAUUGGUCGACCUUGCCAGGGCUCAGCGCGCAAGGGACGCAGUCAGCACGCCUACAGAAAAUGUUCGACACUCUGCCCUCCGUGACCGCCAAAGCCGACAUACUCCGCCUGCUGACCCGUCACCUACUUAUACAUGUGGCCAUGGCGCAAGAGUACGGGGCUUUGCUGCUGGGAUACACCACCACCGCGCUCGCGAGUCUGACUAUGGCAGAGGUCGCCAACGGCAGGGGGUUCAGCGUGCCGUGGCAGGUCCAAGAUAGCCGCUCUCAAGUAUGCACCUACGAGGAUAGAAAGGCCGUGUCGAAAACCGAGUUCCCCAUCUAUCACCCCAUGAGAGAGACUUUCAGAAACGAAGUCAAGAUCUACAACUCGCUGAUACCGUCGCUUGCAGAGAUAGUGCCUAAUACUGGUACGUCACCGGGCGUGGUGUCGCACAAGGACACGAGCAUAGACGAGGUCAUGACACGGUACUUUGAUGGUGUCGAGGAGUCACUCUCGGGUAUCGUGGCGAACGUAGUGCGGACCACUGGCAAGUUGGCUAAAUUACGGGGAAACGCGCAGUGCGGACUCUGUGGCGUGACGACGGACGAGCAAGGAGAUUCCCGAUGGGCCGGCGAGCUGGGGGAGGAGGAAAGCAAUCAGCAAGCAACGCGGUUAUGCUAUGGCUGUAAGAGAUCCAUCAACGGAUAA